AUGGGCUUCCCAGGAAGGAAGACCCUGUCUUUCUUCCUUAUUUUUGUGCCGGUGUGUCUGCAUGGGGUUUUGUCACAGGAAGCUGGCCCUAUAAGGCAAAGAAAACCAUUUUUCGAGAGGCUCCGCAGACUGGAGGAACAGUUUCAGAGGUUCCAGGAGGUGACCUUAACACACCUGCAGGCCAUCGCCAGCAACUACAACCUGUCCUACAACAUUGAUGCCCGGUUCCAGAGCUUGGCCCAGGAGAGUCAGUCCUUGGUUCUGGCAGUCAACCAGUCUCAGACCACUGUGCAGGGUGACCUGGACCACAUCAAGACCUGGAUGCGGAAGACACAACGCAGAAGCCGGAAGGUGGAUUCCAGGCUGCUGGCCUUGGGUUAUGCCCUGAGGGAGAGGAGCCAGCAGCACAGCCGGGAGAGGAAGGAGCGGGAGGCACAGAGGGAAGCACUGUCUGGCCUGGCCCUGGAUGUGCGAGCCCUGCAGGACACACUGGCUCGCCUGACACAGGCUGUCCAGAGCCAGAGCACCAGGCUGGCUGCUCUCAAUGGGUGGCUUCAGGUGGCUUGCCCUGGUACCACAGCCUCAGCGUGGGCCCCUGCCCAGCCUGGGAUGCCAAGCCCAAGCUCCCUGAAGCUUCAGGGGGGCAGACAGGUGUUCAGAGCUUCACCUGAGUCCAUGGACCCACCUCAAGAUUUUCCUGGCCAUCUCCAGGGGACACGGGAGCCCCCAGGCUCAGACGGCCAGUGGGCAUGGCCCCCCGAGAGACUGGGCGAGAUUUGCAACGUGGGCCCUGCACUCGUCUUCCCAAACACCUCCACCAAGAAUGUGGUGUUCCUCAGCCCCGGCUUCCUCUCAGGCCUGCGGGCCCUGUCUGUCUGCAGCUGGGUCCGAACAACCUCGGGCCACCUGGGCACCCUCCUCUCCUAUGCCACCGAGGAGAAUGAUAACAAGCUGGUGUUGCACGGCCGGGACUCCCUGGUCCCUGGCUCUAUCCACUUUGUGAUUGGAGACCCGGCCUUCAGGGAACUGCCCCUGCAGCCGCUACUGGAUGGCCAGUGGCACCACGUGUGUGUCAUCUGGACAUCCAUCCUGGGCAGGUACUGGCUCCACGUGGACCGCAGGCUCGUCGCCACUGGUUCCCGCUUCAGGGAGGGCUAUGAGGUCCCUCCCGGAGGGUCCCUGGUGCUGGGCCAAGAGCAAGACACCAUGGGGGGUGGGUUUGAUGGCUCUGAGGCCUUUGUGGGGAGCAUAGCAGGCCUAGCCAUAUGGGACCGUGUGCUGGUACCCCGGGAAGUCUCACACCUUGCCACUGGGAAGGAGCUCCCGCCGGGUGCCAUCCUGACACUGGCCAAUGCCGCGUUGAUAGGUGGAUUUGUGCAGAAGGUGAAUUGCACCUGCCUAGAGCUCUGUCCAUGA